AUGAAGAAUCCCCAUACGGGCAAAUACGAUCCCGAGCUUGAAGACAAGGAUGAAUAUAACCCGGUCACCGAUCUAUACCGCACCGCCAACUUCAUUUACGAUUACUACUUGACAUCGGAUCAGCAAGCAUUGCUAGGCGACGAAUCCCACGGUAUUAUGCGCAAUCUCACCAAACAUCGCAAUCGACGUAAUGGGCCCGGGUUCAUUCAGGCAGUGAAAGAUUUCAAUCAAGUGUUGCGCCAGUUAAAGGAGCAAGGCAAAAUUAGCGAGCAGGCCAAAGCAAUGCGGCACCCAUCUUAUGAUUUAACGUGUCAUAUUCUGUACCAGGUGUACAGUCGCACUGUUGCACAAGAGGCCGAUGCCUUGAAUAACUAUAUUGCCUUUUCCAAUUAUGUUUAUGGUGAAAUCAAUACGAUUCUUGUCAAGGAAUUCAUUGAAAAGACGAAUAUUCGUUCCAACAGUGUGUUUAUGGAUUUGGGAUGCGGUAUCGGCAACGUGGUACUACAAGUGGCGGCACAGACGGGUUGCGAAUCUUACGGUAUCGAGAUCAUGGAGACACCGUGUAAAUACGCCAAGCGGCAGUUGAGAGAAUAUGCUUCACGGAUGAGAGCAUGGCGUCUUCCUACGGGCAAAGUCCAUUUCCGCCACGGUGAUUUUCUUGAUGUGGAUGCCAACGAUAUGUAUUCUACCCUAAAGCGGGCGGAUGUGCUGCUUGUGAAUAAUUAUGCAUUUGAUCCUGCCACCAACCAUAAACUGGCACAGUUGUUUCUCGAUUUGAAAGAAGGGGCAAAAAUCAUUUCUUUGAAAUCUUUUGUACCCAAGCAUCAUAAAAUCAAUCAGCGGACAUUUCAUAUGCCUGAGUCGAUCCUAAGAGUAGAGGAGUACGAGUACUUUUCAGAAGCGGUCAGUUGGACCAACAACGGAGGUGUUUAUUAUAUCUCGACCGUCGAUCGUAGUCGCCUAAAACCAUUCUAUGAAGGUUUAUAUGGUCAUGUAUAA